ACAGAAGAAUCUCUAUGUAUUUGCUCAAAAAAGCAGAACGAGUAUAAUGUGACGCAUGGUCACGUACAAGGUCAUAUGCCUCAUGACGUAACAGCUAACUUGCGUGAGAUUAAACGUAUCACAUGACAUUUGCAAAAAAAUAAAAAAUUUUCUGUAGGUAUUCGCGACAUCGUUUCCACAUGACGAUUGCUGAGAGAAGUACUGGAGGGGAGCACCCAGUACUGUCACAACGCAGGCUCUUGGACUGCACAAAUGCUGCUGAUACAGGGUCAGAUGAAACUCGAUCAGAAAGGAAUCUCAUUCAGGGGUCAAAUGAAGCCUUGCAUCACCAAGGUAGAAGACUAUUGUCCAGACCAACUGUUGAACCGGCAGUAUUUCUUUUCCUAGCAGCAUCAGCAGUAUCAAGCACAGUUACACAGACAUUAUUCUUACAACGUGUAUGUGAAGAAGAUUUGGGUUACAAUGCAACUGUGUGCUCUCACCUCGAUUCCACUAAUAAUACUUCAGAACAACCUCAUACUGCUAGCCUGCUCAUGAGCAAGACUUUACUGGAAACUUUGUUGCCAGCUACACUAACCCUUUUCUUGGGCCCCUGGAGUGACCGACAUGGCCGAAAACCUCUGCUUCUCUUCCCCUUGAUAGGUCAUGCAACAACAUAUGCUGCAUAUGCUGGACUCUCUACUAUAGACCAUUUGCCACCACGCUAUUUACUUCCUGCUUCCAUACCUAUUGCUCUAACUGGUGGCUUUAUUGCAUUGAUCUUAUCUUCGUACAGCUACAUUGCCGAUGUAAGUCGUGCUGAUAAAAGAGGAUUGAGGCUCAGUUUAGUGGAAGUAUCUGUGAGUCUGAGUGCAAUCAGUGGCAAUGCAGUUUGUGCACCAUUGUAUAAAGCCUAUGGAUUUGUUGGCAUAUUUACAACUGCAGCUGGUCUGUGUCUGGUGGGCUUCUUUUAUGUACUGUUCCUGCUACCAGAAUCAAUCACUCCACCGCAUUCUCAGUCAGAGGAUUCAAAUGUGAAAUGUGUAUUCCUUCAAGAGACAGUAGUGGAAGUUUUUAAGGUGAGCUUCAAAUGGCGACCAAACUAUGGGCGUGCCAUUGUACUAUUGUCAGCUACAGCACUGUCAUUCUAUGUUGUAACACUAAUAGGAGAAGGUGGCAUUAUGUACCUAUACACAAUCAAGAAGUUUGGGUGGACUGUUGAAGAUUAUACGAGGCUAUCCAUAGCUGCUCUUUCCAUGUCAGCAAUUUGUACAUUUGGAACUAUUUACAUUUUUGUAAAUGUUCUUCACUUUUCUGAAACACUUGUUGCUGCAUUUGGUUUCGUUUGCAAGAUCAUAUCUGCAUUUCUGGCAGCUUUUUCACCGUAUUCAUGGUACCUUUACCUAGCUGCCCUGGCUAAUGCUUUUGGAGGAAUCUCUACAUCACUUAUAAGGUCAACAAUGUCUAAGACUGUUCCACCCAGUGAAGUAGGUAGUGUAUUCUCCCUGACUGCAGCACUGGAGUCUGUUAUGCCAUUGGUAGCAUCGCCUCUUUACACAGCUGUGUACAAUGCCACCAUUGCAAGUUUUGCUGGGGCAUUCUACCUGAUGUCUGCAGUUUUCUACACUGUUAAUGUUGGACUCUCAUUGGCACUGGCAUGUUUACAACGCAAGUGCUCUCGAUCGGGCUAUUAUGAAGAGUUGCCAAGCAAUGAUAGCUGUCCUGCAUCUGUAGAUGCUUAAAGUAUCAAUGUUUUCCCUUAUUCAUAUCUACUUAUUGAAUUAAGCCAUGAAAAGUUCUCAGUUACUUCAUCUUGUGGUAAUAUAACUCUUUGGACCACAAAAAACUCUGAACAGGAAAUUGUGUGGCAAUCUAAUUGUAACAGUAAAGGAAGUAAAAUUUAAUAUUUUGUGAUGCAGUAAGUCUGUGUGUGUGUGUGUGUGUGUGUGUGUGUGUGUGUGUGUGUGUGUGUGUAAGGGGCUGGGGGGGGGAGGGGGGGCACAUGCAAAUGUUUGUGUGUUGGCUUGUUUUUGUAUGUUGAAAUUGUACAGCAUGAAAGACAAAUCUUGACUGUAACAGUGCAUUUCCAGUUUCAUGGAUGGUGAGAAAAUACAAAGAAAGAUGGUGAAAUGCUAAUGUAUUCAAACAAUGUUUAAAAGCAUAAAUACAUCUUUUAAUUUGAAGAAAUGCACAUGGUACAGUGGAUCCUAACCUGUCUGUGACUAUUACCUCUGAAUGACAUGUAGUACCAGACAGUACCUUAACCAAGUCUGCAAUCCAUCUAAACUUUAACUGGAAAGGGACAUUAAAACUUUAUUUGUAUAGUAACAACAGAAAAAGAAUAUUUAUUUAAUUUUGAAAUACAUAUUUUUGGUGAUGUCACUCAGUGCACAUUGUCAGUCCUUCCUUGCUUUUAUUUUCAUUGCUACCAAGACAAAAAACUACUUUCACACUUACAAGUUUGGCUUUUGCUGAUAAUAAAUGAUACUCUAGGCCAGCCAUCUGAAAAGAAUCUUGUCAACCAGUUGUUGCCAUUGUGUAGUCUAAGAAAUAGCAAUUUGACUCAAAUUUUGCUAUUUGAAAAUAUUAUUUCCUUCAGUGAAAAUCAUAUUUGUUCAUUUAUUUUUCAAACCAGUCAAACAGUUGUUUAAUGAGUUUAUUUAAGUUGGUAAAUAGUGGCUUCUAACUAGACUUUCAGCAGAAAAAAUAAACAGAAGAGGAAAUAUGGAGCACUUCUAGUGAAUGAGAUGGAAUUUUCAAAUCAAAGCUUCCAAUAUGUCUGAAAGUAACUGUUUGCUAUCAGUUUAUAUUACCAGGUACUGAGACAUGGACAUUUAAUACAAAAACUACACAGAAAAUGAGGGUGUAAAGGGUGCAAUGAAAUGUUGCAUUAUGAGAAUUACUCUGUGAGACAUGAAAAUAAGAAAAAGGAUCUGCAAACAGACUGAUGUUAUAACUGUUGCAGUCUAAGAAAAGGGUCAAAUAAACAGAUUUUUUGAAAAUAGUCUCAUCACAGGUCAUUGUGCUCACUUCUGAGCAUUGUGACCCCAUGAACAAAGUGUCUCCAUCCUAUACAGUUACCAGUUUCUUACAGCCUGCUGAAGACCAUGGCCAGAGAUCCUCUUGAUUUGAUCAAUCCGCCUGUUUGCUAAUCUUCCCCAAGUUCGUUGCCUGCCGUCUUACCUUCCAUGAUUAUGUUCUCUAGAUUUUCUCUAUAUCCUCUUACAGUACGUCCAAAGAUGUGGAGAAUUUUUUGUUGAGACGAUAAGAAAGGCACAUGGAGAUAUUGAGAAGCUCAAUAAUAGACACAUUUGUUCUUCUUUCAGUCCACUUUAUGUGCAGUGUCCAGCUCCGAAGCUCAAAUGUGUUAAUGUGCUGUUUGUCUCUGGCAUUAAGGGUCCAUGUCUUGCAACCCUAAGAGAAGAUAGAAAACAUGAGUGUUUCAACAAGCUCAGCCAGAUCCAGGUGAGGUUCUUUAUGCCGUAGUGUGAUCCAUCUUUGUAUCUAAUCUUCACAGCUUCUCAUAUUACAGUUGGUUGCCCCAAGAUAGAUGAAAGAAUAGAUGACUUCUAGUUCCUUUAAUUGACCAAUGAUUUGUACCUGUACUCCUCAAUCAGUUAUCAAAAGGUUGGACUCCCUGAGAUUGAUGCCAAUCCAUGUUACAGACUAAUGUCUUUUACUUUUGCUAAUAGCUUAGCAAGUUCAUCUUUGCUGCUGACUAAAAGCACAGUGUUGUCAACAAAUCAGAGGUUGUUGCCACUAAUUGAGAUGCCUUUAAUCCAACCACCAAGAGCAUUCCUAAUGACAUAUUCUGCAUAGAUGUUCUGCAGUUGGGGGAGGGAUAGAACAUACAGCUGCAAGGUGAUUAUUCUGUAGACUUCUGAUCAGCACAGUCAAGUGUGGUGGGAUACCAAACUCUGCAACCACCUGCCAUGACUUCUCCCAGACAACAAAGUCAAAGUCUUUCCUGUAGUCUGGGAAACAGAUGAAUACAGAAGCAUAUAACUUUCAUGAUUUUUCGAUUAUUUGUCAUACACUGAGAACCUUUUCAUGAUAGCCUUUUCCUUCAACAAAACCUGCUUUUUCUGAGGAUAUGUGAGACAGGAUGUAUGGCUUCAAAUGCUGGUUCAAGAUGUAGAGCAAAAUUUUGUUUGCAUGGAAUAUGAGAGCAGUGGUUCAGUAGUUCCUGACUGACCCUUUCUUGUGCAGAGGGAUGAAGAGAGAGUUUGACCAGUCUUCUGGCCACUCCCCAGUUUCCCAUAUUCUUGUACAUAUUGGCUGCAGCAUAUUAACACCAUCCUGUCCUCUUUCCUUGUUCUUCUCACCAGAUAUACCGUUAAGACCAGCAGAUUUAUAGUUCUUCCAAUGCUGAUUGGUUGUCUAUUUUGCUGCAUAAGAUCAUAGUUUCCAGUGUACGUUCAACUGCCUGACUUUCAAUACUUCUGUUAAUACCAGAAUAUAACUUUUCACAGCACUGUUUCCACCUUGCAACAGCUUCUUUUUUGUGUCUGAUAAGGUUGUCAUUCUCACCACCUGCUAACUGCAUGUGAGGGUUAAAUGCACUGGUGAAACUUGUGAAUUUCUUGAAGGGAUCACAAGCUUGAUUGUGAUUAUGAUGUUGUUCUGUCUCCUCACAGAUACCAUUAAUGAAGUAUGAUCUGUUCUUUCUGCAGUUCUAUUGUACUUCUCUGUACAAGUUCUUAUAUCUAUCUUGAUUGAGGGUUGUGUGGAGACCAGUUUUCUUCUCUCCUCAAUUAGUUGUAGUGUGGACUGUGAUGUCUAAGGAUAUUUUGCACUCAAUGGUCAUUGUGAUGUCUGAAGUGAUGAGGAAAUGACCUCCUUCACUUAAUUGGAUGUUUGUAAUGAUGAUGCAUCUUUGUCAGGACUGAGGUUGUGGAGUUUUGGUCUUGCAAGCUCACCAAAUUUUGAAAGAGCUUCCUUGUUUGUGAGUUUUAGUUGUCUUUUCCACUGUACUUGGUGAAUUUAAACUUAAUCCACAUUUUCAUGGACAGCAAAUUAUGAUCACUUCCUCAGUGAGCUCCAGAGAAUGUCUUACAGUCCAAGACCAAAGUCAACCAACAUCUUUGCAACAGGAUGAAGUUAAUUUGGUUUCUAAAUCUAUCACCAGGCAAUAUCCAAGUGUACAGUCAUCUUGAGUGAUGUUGGAACAUAGUGUUACAGACAGUCAAGUCGUUACUCACACGUGAAUCUAGUGAGUACCUGCCUCAGUCCUUUCUUUCACCAAGACCAUAAGGUCCAACCACAGAUCGUAGGUACGUGUUUUGGACAGCAUCUCCAAUUUCAACAUUGAAGUCUCCUUGAGUUAUUGCAUAUUCUUUGUCAGGGUUUGUGCUGAGGUCUAAUUCCAGUUGUUCUUAGAAAUCCUCUACCUCCUCAUCAAGUGCUGCAGAAUAGUGGCAUUGGUCUGGAUGAUGUUGAGUUUACAUGGAGAAGCAUUCAAUUUGAUGGAGAUGAUCCCGUCAAUAACUGGUUCAUAACUGAAAAGACAGCUGUUCAGAUUUCUAGGAACAGCUAUUUACAACACCACACUUGCUUUGACCACUACACACUGAAAAGUACAAAGUAGCCUUUCCUUGGGUCAUGAAAUGGCCACUUCCUCUCCAGUGACUCUCACUAAGCCUUAAAAUAUCAUUCUCACUCAUUUCUCUUUCUACUAUAACAUGUUUUCCAUCUUAAGUAGCCCAACAAUGCACAGUGAUAAUUUGCACUGUGAUGUUUGUCCAAUGAUUUCUUUCAGUUCUGUCCCCCCCCCCCCCCCCACCCCUCCCCCUCCUACCCGAGUGGAGACUUGAAGCUCUGGAUAAUUUAGAACUGAGCUCAGCCAUGGAAUUCUCAUGGAAAAAUUCGGUGGUGGUUUCCCAUUGCCUUCCACUGACCUCCAAAACUCGUCUGCUUGCUGACUCAGUUUCUCACCAGGGUUGGUUAUCCAUUCCACUGACUUGCUCAGCUUAACAGGGGAAUCAUGUAUAGGUAGGAAGUUGGAGAAAUGAGGUGAAAGAGACCAGGAGAAAUCUCUUGCUGAUUUCUUCUAAUCGCAUAUCACUCCCAUUUUCUCUUGCCAGAGUCUCAAGGUGUUUUCAGAGAAUCGCCCAGGUCAUUUCCAGGGCUCAAAAUAGUUUAGUCAUGACUAAACUAAAAUCGGAAACUUUUUGUCUUCACUCCUCAGAAAAUUUAAUUUUGUCUGGGAGUCGUUACACUCAUGUCCUGGAAUAUGAAUCAGUACAGGCAGUAUUUUAUGUUCUCAUACUAUAAGAUGCACCAAAAAUUUAUGAGAUAUAUUUUCAGAAUAUUCUGCUCAUAGACAACUGAGUUUCCUAUCUGUCACCAGGACUCAAAUUACCUAGGACUACUGGUCAAGUACCAAAAAGACCAGUAACAUAACAAACUGAGUUGGUGCAUUGGCUAAAAGAUUUGUGUCAUAUUCAAGAGAAUCUUGUUUCAAAUUCUUGACCAGCCAUCCAGAUGUAGGUUUUAUUUGUUUUCUUUAAAUUUUGUCAGGUGCUGGAAUAGUUUCUUCAUUUAGGCCACACUUGACUCCCUCCCAUAUCUUUGUUCAGUCAGAGAUUGUGCUCUAUGUGCUCUAUCACAUGAGUUUGAUCUCAACUAUUACAUCAUCCACUUUUUAGUAGUGACAUAUGCACAUUUCAUCUAAUGAAUUUUGAGGGUUCGGCAAAAUAAGUAAAAAAAAAAAAAAAAUUGUGGGACAAGGAAACACAAAGAUAAUGGCAAAUCAUAACAGCAGUGGAAAAGAGAGGGAAUGGAACUAUCUAGGACAGAAAGUAAAAGGAUAUCUGUGUGAACCAAUUCCAUUGUAGAACUCUAAAAACACUAGUGCUUGGAACCAACAUUCACUUCAUGUGAAGUGCGAAAAAUAUUACUUUUGUUGGAAGCCAAGACCCAGUAGAUAACAGGAUGUCAACAUCUGCAAACUUCUUAGCCCCAAAUGUUCAUUAGUUCCAGACCUUCAAUUUCACAAUUUCAGAUCACAUUGUGUGCCUUUAUUUACUUGCAGCUGCAUGAAGUGUGCACUGUUAAAGAGUAACUGUGCUGUUUGUUAGUGGUGCCUAGCAUUUAUAUCUGAUGCCAGGUCUCAACUGCCUAAACAAUAUGUUACUGCAGCAAUAUUAUCCACAAUUUUGUCCUUCUCCAAGAACUGCUCCAGGAUAUUAGAUCCCCAACUACCCAAAAGAUCAUCUGCAUGACUUUCCCAUGAAUGCUUAUGUUAGGAACGUUUUCUUAGUAAUACACAAUUUAUUCUUUCACUCUAUGAAAUGCCUCUUACUCGUUAGUUCAUAAUGGUGCAUCUUGAUCCAUCUUUUACUGUACUUUCAAACAAUGGAAACUCCAGAUAUGAUUAUCAAUAAUGUAGGAAAAGACAGAUUGCUACUUGCUGUAAAGAAGACAUGUCACACUGCAGACCAACACAAUUAAAAGACACUUAUGUAAAGUUUUCAGCCACAGCCUCCAUCAGUAAAAAGCAGACACACUUCAUUCACACACAUGCAAGUGCUUGCUUGUGUGGAUGAAUGGUGUAUGUCUCCCUUUUACUGAUGAAGGGUGUGGCCAAAAGCUUUAUGUAAGAGUCUUUUACUGUAGUUUGAAAUCAAACAGUGUAAAAUCCAGAAUGGCAUGUAACAGUAUCAUGAAAAGGAAAGUGGCUUUUCACCAUAUAGCGAAGUUGCUGAGUCACAGAUAGGUGAAACAAAAAGACUGUUGCAAAUAAAGCUUUAGGCCAGUAAAGCCUUCGUCAAAAAUAGACAAUAGACACACACACUCAGGCAAAUGCAACUCACACACAUGACUGCAGUGUGUGAAUUGUGUUGGCCUGAGUGUGUGUGUCUGUCUGUUGUCAAUUUUUGAUGAAGGCUUUACUGGCCAAAAGCUUCAUCUGUGACAGUCUUUUUGUUGUGCCUGUCUGCAACUCAGCAUCUCUGCUAUAUGGUGAGUAGCAACAUUCCUGUUUAUAGUUUGUUUGGGAAAGCUAUCUCCUUCACCUCGUACACAAUAAUCUUGUGCAUAGUGGUCUGAGCAGUGAGACUUUCCAUCCUGUGAAUGCCUAUACUCAAGAGCCAACUUCCUUGGUAUCCAUCAGUUACUCAUUUACUUAUAGUUUACUCUAUCUUGCAUGAAAUUUUGUGCAAAUCUGUGACUUGUAUUCAAUUCCACUGAAAACUUCACCACUUUGUACUGAUUUGGUGGUUGAUCUGCUAUUUCAGUGUCUUAACUUGCGCACGCUCCAGUGUCCUACUAUGGAACAACACAUAUCAUCUGGAUCCUGUAUUGCUUCCUUAAAUAAUUUUAGCUGAAUCAAAAUAUGGUACCAUAAAGAAACCACUGUGUGCAUGUGUGUGUGUGUGUGUGUGUGUGUGUGUGUGUGUGUGUGUGUGUGUGUGUGUGUGUGUGUGCACGUGUGCUUGUGCGCACAUGUCUGCACUGAAAUGAGACCAGCUUGCUGCUUCGUUGCCUGUACAACAUUUUCUAUAGGCCACCUUUGUUUGCUUGCUUUACUUGUGUAUAUUAAAUUCAAAGUUAUUCAGGUACUUCGUUUAUUAUGUGGUAAAUUUUCUUUUCUUAUCUAAGCAACGCUAAGAUAUUUGCCCUUUUAUAUUACCCAUCUUUGUAACCUAGACAAAAGUAUUUUGUUGUUAAAAUAGCAAUAUAAAAUAGAUAAUUUUUGUUAACAUAAGAAACAUGACUCUUUUUUUAUAAAUUAUUAGAAACCUGAGAAAAUUUGUUAAUUAUUUUGGUUGCAAGAUAUUAGAUUUUUGUGUAACAGUUGUUAAGUUACAUUCAGAUACUAAAAAAAUUUGUGAGGUAUCUUCAGGAACUGUUUUGUCCUGAAUCACAUUCAUGAUACAGUGUGCAAAAUCUUAAAGACCAGAAACUGAUACUGAGCUACUCGGUGCUCUUCAUAGAAAAGUGUGGAUAGUGACCUAAAAUCCCUUACAGCAGUCACAGAAACUGGAAAUGUAAUACAUGAAAAUAAAUAUGUUUUAAUUUGUAUAUUACAUAUAGGUACUUGUCAAUGUUAUUCAAAAACUGUGGCACAGAAAAUGAACUAAUAGAACAUAUCACACUUAUCAUUACAGUUGUCAGCAUUGUCUCAACUUAACUGAGAUUGUAUCAUUUUCUUCCCCUUAGGCUGAGUUUAUAAACUCAUUAAUAAAUUAUAUUUUUCUGUUAUAUGAGUUUAAAUUAUUGCUUCAUGAAUUAUCAACUGAUAGACAUUUAUUUAGUAAUGGCAGAGGAAUACAGUAAGAUGUUGGGAAUUUACAUAUACUUGUAUGCCAUUACGUAUAUCCCAUCACUGGGAAAUUUUAGCAUAUGGCAAUACAUAUAUCCCAUCACUGGGAAAUUUAUGCAUUUCUUUAGUUGAUUUUAACAAUUAAUAAUGCCUUAUAAACAACCACAGUUAAUGAAUUUUAUCGGGGUAUCUAUCUCUCUCAUUUGUUGCACUAAGAAAUUAUGCUCUACUGACCAUUAUCCAACAAGUAUCCCUUGAACAUUACUCUGUAUAAGCACACCACAUAAAGAUAGUGAGGAAGCAAAAGAAUACAGAUUACACACUCUGAAUGGGUAGUAGUGCUCAAAUAACUAUCCCUCAGCUACAGUCAAGUACACACAUGCUUCACAUAAGAUAUAAGGGCAAAAAUAAAAUGACUGUAAUGAGCCUGUCAGUGGUAUUAUACAUUCUCUUGUGCAGUAAAUGUUGCUUCUCUUUCACAUAAUGUUAAAGCACAGUUUGAGUACCAGUAUCUCUUUGUGCAUUUGGAAUUGGAGAACCUGUGAUCAUAGACUACCAGCAAGAGAUCAUCUGUUUGAAUGAAUGCUGUUCUAAGUCAUCAGACAAAAAGGCUGUGUUUCUUAAGUAAUCAAGAUGUUUGAGAGAAGUAUGUGACUCUCAGUACCCUUCUCCAGAGUGCAUCUUUCAGUUUUUUAUUUUAUUUCUUCAAAAGUUUUUCCUAUUAUGUAAAACUUUUGGAAUCUUCUAAGUGUAAUUUCAUUAAAAUAAAUAAGUUAACACAUUUA